GCGCAGCAGUUGAAAGGAGUGUUACUAUAACACCUCCGUCAUAAGGACUGGUCUGCUUUUUGAUCGCUGGCUCCGGAAUACUUUUCAUCAUUGACUUUUUUUCCACAUGAUGAGACAUCUGCCAUACUGUCGACCGUCAUUGUAGUUGUGCCUUUACGCCUGCUACAGAUUAUUAGUCGUCACGCUGCUGCACGCUGAAAAGCCAACGCUAUGCUCGCAACCUCACUGGCUCCGCUAGCCAUCGACCAAAGGUUUCAACCACGUCCUAUCUUGGAGUACCGGCCUCCCCACACACAUCAACCUGGCGUAGCACUACCGUCUGUUCACGCUAUGGCCUUGCCGUCCAUUCCCAGGCUAUCACAAAGCAAGUCCAAGGGAGAGUUCUUCGAAAGACUUGGGUGGGAUGAGAAUGAUGAGAGGCACAAACGGUUGUACCAGAUGAUGAUGGAGGAGGCCGCUGCAGGCCGUGCCAGGACAGUCCAGGAUAGAAACAACCUGACCCCUCAGACUCGAGAUGACCCACGUGUUGGGGAUGGCCCAUAUUCUUCCGCAAUGAUCACUGAAACUGCUCGAUACCGUGAGAUCCAGAGCAUCUACAACGCUGCUUCCCCCGAGACCAAGUGGUGGUACGACCGAGGCAUCACGUCCGACAGCGGAUGGGACAACUGGAUCAUACGCUGGUGCCUGUGGCACGUCUUCAGGUACCGAGAUGAUCGCAACCGUAAUCGACGGAGUCCUCAAAGGAACCAGGAAGCUUCAAGCCGGACCAACUUGGCCUGGUCUCCUGCGCAAAGUUCAAGCCAGACGCAGGCUUCCUGGCAACCUUCCUACAACAAUCAGCCGGCGGCGGCAGCAGAAGUGCGUACGCGGUACGACCCGGUAUACGAUCGAACCAGUUACGAGACAGUUCAUCCACAGUGAUGCUGAUGACACAGCCGUGACUACGAUGCUCUAUUGUUCACCUUCAGCUACCGUCAACGAUGCGAAGAAUACCCACGAUGUCACAGGUCAUUCCGUGGAACACUACCCCCAACCAAGAUACCCUCCGGAGCACGAGCACCCAGAAUCCCCAUCGCAAUGCUAUGUGACGGGGUAUUCGUCAUCUCCGGUCGCCAUAGAGCGCGAGCGUACGACCCUAAAAUUCAGGUCUAUCAGUGGAGGUCACUUCGCAAUCUUGUUAACCUUUCACUGAGAUGAACCCUACGACUCUAAAACUCAGUGGCAAUCCUCUUUGUUUGAGCAGGAGUUCAUCAAGCUAGUAAAGUGUUUCAAGUGUGGUUUACUUUAACAUAGUAUUAGUAUUAUGACUUUAUGACAUCCCUUACACUUGAUGACCAAUGUUAUCUUUCAUUGAGAGCCCUCUUGCUCUUUCUGAACCCC